AUGCAACCUGAGAUUCUUUCACUAGACUCUCUGUCCUUCCUCUUUCUUAGUGACAUGCGAUUGGAAAAUGUCACGGGAGCAAUGAAGAUAUUGAUGCAUUGCAAAAGUCUUCAAAUACUCUUCCUUAUGGAUAACUUUAACGGUGAAGGAAUGCCAUCUAACGACGACAUGGUUGGUUUUGAUGGAUUCCAAAAUCUUCGAAUUUUGAGCUUGCCAUUUUGUGAUCUCACCGGUCGACUACCUGUAUGGUUAGCAAAGCUAAAGAGUCUUGAGAUCUUGGAUCUGGCAGGCAACAAAAUCACAGGGUCAAUUCCUAGCUGGUUGGGGACUGAUCUACCAAGGCUUUUUUCUAUAAACUUGGCAAUGAACCUUAUUUCAGGUGAAUUUCCGAAAGAACUUUGUAGAAUAUCGGUGUUGGUACAUGAACCUAUUGCAGCUCAAGCAGACCAAUAUGAACUUGAAUUACCAACGUACAUUAUGAACAAUGGCCGGGUACUAAUUUCCUAUGGAUUACGCCGCAUAUUGUAUGGCUUUUCUUCAUUGAUAGAUCUUUCUUCCAACAACAUUACCGGUAAUAUACCGUCUGAGAUCGGCCAACUGCAGCUUCUCCAACAGUUGUCUCUAGAAAACAACAACUUCUCCGGCAACAUUCCAGAGCAAAUGUCUAACCUUAAGAAGUUAGAAAUUUUGAAUCUCUCCAAGAAUCACUUGUCCGGAAAAAUCCCAUCGUCUCUGGCGAGCCUCAAUUUCUUGAAUAGCUUUGUUGUCUCGUACAAUAAUCUCGAAGGUCCAAUCCCAACAAGCACUCAGCUCCAAAGCUUUGAAGCUUCUGCAUUUGAGAGGAAUCCAAAACUUUGUGGUGCCUCACUUCCAAACAAGUGUCGCACUGAUGCGCAUGGUAAGAAUAACCGCGAUGAUGAGGACGAUGGGCAUCAACUACCAUGGUUCUAUGUUUCGGCUGUGUUCGGGUUUAUUUUUGGAUUCUGGGGAGUAUGUGGUUCUUUGAUCGUAAAGAAGACAUGGAGGUAUGCAUACCUUCAGUUCACAGACAAUGUACAGGAUAGGCUCUAUGUCAUGUUAGUAGUGCGCAUGAAUAGGAUGAAACGAUGGCUUAGCUAA